AAAGGAAAUUUUAUUUUCCCAGAUUUCUCGUCUCGCCGAAACAGAGUCGCGCUCCCACGGCCACAUCCAUAGCUAAAGGGUAAAGGGUAAAGGGUACUCGUUGAUUUAUACCGCCUCAAAUUUAAUUUCAUCAGGUUUUUUCGCAUGGCACGAAUUCUGGCUCUCUCCCAAUCCCUUCUCUGCUCCAAGUUUCAAUCUUCCCCCUUCAGAUUGUCGUUGUUGAUUCCUUCUUCCUUUGCCCUGGGUCAUCGGAACCGAUCUACGCGUUCUGGCAAGGUCAAAUUCAUCGAGAUUGACCUCGAAUCGUCCUCUUUCGGCGGUGAUUCCGAUAUUCUAGCGAUCAGGAAGCUGGACGACUUUGUGCAGAAGAUUAUUGUCGAGCGAUCGACUCCUGAUUGGAUUCCCUUUGUACCGGGUUCGUCUUUUUGGGUUCCUCCUCGCCGUAACAAGCCACGCAAGGUGGUCGACCUGUUCGAUAAAUUGGUUGAACCACUCACCAAAGAGGAGUCUCCCUCCCUUGCUAACGCCCGUGGUUGGCCCUGUUUAGAAUUUUUCGCUAAAGAGUCUAUCUCUGGAUCAACUCGAUUGGCUCCGGUAGACACUGAGUUGGAAACCACAAAUGAGGUGGAGUUGGAGAUUGACGUGAAGGCACCAAAAAGUACAGAUAACUCAAACCAACGCGAGGAAUGAGUGACAUGAACCUCAUACCUCGCCCACUAUUGCAGUUGGGAUUGAUAGAUGGUUGUCGGAGCUUUGGAAGAAUGAAUAGAGUGGAAAGUGAUGGUGAUGAGAGGUCGGAGAGAAAUGGGAUGCUCUACAGACGGUUUGAGCUUCGUCUCGCCUGCCCUGUCUAUUCAAAGCCCACUCUGCACCCCCUCCCUAGACUACUGGUUAUUUACGCUUCGUUGUUUUUGAACUGAUUACUUUAGGAUCUCCAAAUUCACCAGCUUGUUAUUUAAUUGAGGUGAAUUAUCAGGAUCUUGUCAUAUCCCCUCCACCCCUAUCCUAUCAAAUCUAUGCACAGCCACAAUAAAAACUCUUCCUUAUCUAUGUAUAAAGUAACUGAUACAUUGUUUUCCUUUUCAAGUGCCUGAAUAUCAAUCUAAGCAAUUUAUGGUUGUAAUAUUUUUCUGAA